AUGGCUGAAGGAGGAGAAGGAGAGGAUGAGAUCCAGUUUCUCAGAACUGAUGAUGAAGUGGUGCUACAGUGCGUGGCCUGCAUUCAGAAGGAGAACCGCAAGUUGUGCCUGGCCGCCGAGGGACUGGGCAACCGGCUCUGCUACCUGGAGCCCACAUCAGAGGCAAAGUAUGUCCCUCCAGACCUGUGCAUAUGUACCUUUGUGCUGGAGCAGUCCCUGUCAGUGCGGGCUCUGCAGGAGAUGCUGGCCAAGAGUGGACAGAACAGCGAAGGGCGGCUCAUAAGGAAGGCAGCACACAGCGGCGGACACAAGACCCUCCUAUAUGGACAUGCCAUCCUCCUCCGCCACUCCUUUAGCUCUAUGUACCUGGCCUGCUUGAAGACAUCGCGCUCACAAACUGAUAAGCUUUCUUUUGAUGUGGGUCUGCAGGAGGAUUCCACAGGGGAGGCGUGUUGGUGGACAAUUCACCCAGCAUCCAAGCAGAGAUCUGAAGGAGAGAAGGUGCGCAUUGGAGAUGACCUCAUCUUGGUCAGUGUGUCUUCAGAGAGAUACCUGCACUUAUCUAUCUCCAAUGGCAACAUCCAAGUGGAUGCCUCCUUCAUGCAGACUCUGUGGAAUGUCCAUCCCAUCUGCUCUGGGAGCAACAUAGAGGAAGGCUACCUGCUGGGGGGUCAUGUUAUGCGCUUUUUCCAUGGACACGACGAAGUGGUGUCCAUCCCGGGAUCGGAUCAGAGUGAGGAGGAGCAGAGGAUCAUCAACUAUGAGACGGGUAAAGCCGGCGCCAAAGCCAGGUCCUUGUGGAGGCUGGAGCCGCUCCGGAUCAGCUGGAGCGGGAGCCACAUUCGCUGGGGCCAGGCCUUCAGGUUGAGACACCUGACCACUGGACACUACCUAGCACUGACCGAGGACAGAGGGCUGGUACUACAGGACAGGGAGAGGUCAGACACCAACGCUACGGCCUUCUGCUUCAGAGCAUCCAAGGAGAAACUGGAACAGAGCCCCAAGCGGGACAUCGAGGGCAUGGGGGUGGCCGAGAUUAAAUACGGGGACUCUCUCUGCUUCAUUAUGCACGUGGCCACGGGACUCUGGCUCUCAUACCAGGCACCUGAUGUCAAGUCCGCCCGGCUAGGCCCACUCAAGAGAAGAGCGUGUCUCCAUUCAGAAGGGCACAUGGACGAUGGGUUGACCCUGCAGCGCUGUCAGCACGAGGAGUCCCGGGCCGCACGUAUCAUCCGCAAUACCACACUGCUUUUUAAGAGAUUUAUCAGAGACUUGGAUUGCCUGGGCGUGAAGAACAGAGCUGUGGUGGUGUUGCCUGUGGAAGAGGUGCUCCAGACCUUGAAUGACCUCAUCGCCUAUUUCCAGCUCCCAGACGCCGAGCUGGAGCACGAAGAGAGACAGAUCAAGCUGCGCUCACUCAAGAAUCGCCAGAACCUAUUCAAGCAGGAAGGCAUGCUCACACUGGUGUCCAACUGUAUAGACCGUCUAAAUGUGUACAACAGCGCGGCUCACUUUGGGGAGUGUGCUGGAUCUGAGGCCGGAGCAGCUUGGAAAGACAUUCUCAACCUACUCUAUGAACUGCUUGCGGCAUUGAUACGAGGUAACAGGAACAACUGCACACAGUUCUCCAAUAACCUGGACUGGCUGGUGAGCAAGCUGGAGAGACUGGAGUCCUCCUCAGGCAUCCUGGAGGUUCUGCACUGCAUUUUAAUAGAGAGCCCCGAGGCCCUUAACAUCAUCCAGAGAGGACACAUCAAGUCCAUCAUCUCCCUGCUCUACAAGCACGGACGCAACCACAAGAUUCUAGACGUUCUGUGCUCCUUGUGCGUGUGCAAUGGCGUUGCGGUGAGAACCAAUCAGAACCUCAUAUGUGACCACCUGCUUCCCAAGAGAGAUCUGCUGCUUCAGACACAACUGGUCAAUGAUGUGCAAAGUAUGCGUCCCAACAUCUUCCUGGGUGUCAGCGAGGGGUCGGCACAGUACAAGAAGUGGUACUAUGAGCUGAUGAUAGACCAUGUGGACCACUUUGUGACCAGCGAGCCCUCUCACCUGCGAGUAGGGUGGGCCAACUCAAAGGGCUACGCUCCUUACCCUGGAGGGGGAGAGGGCUGGGGGGGCAAUGGAGUCGGAGAUGACCUCUACUCUUAUGGCUUUGAUGGACUACACCUCUGGUCAGGCCGUAUCCCGCGGGCCGUAGCAUCCAUUAACCAACAUAUCCUGACCUCCGAGGAUGUGGUCAGCUGCUGUCUGGACUUAGGAGCCCCAAGUAUCUCUUUCCGAAUCAACGGACAGCCGGUCCAGGGCAUGUUUGAGAAUUUCAACACAGAUGGACUUUUCUUCCCUGUGGUCAGCUUCUCUGCAGGAGUCAGGGCACGUUUUCUUUUCGGUGGUCGACAUGGGGACUUCAAGUUCCUUCCUCCGUCAGGUUAUGCUCCGUGUUACGAGGCUCUGCUGCCCAAAGAGAAGAUGAAGGUGGAGCCUGUCAAAGAGUAUAAGAGAGAUGUGGAUGGAGUGAGGGACCUUCUGGGAACUACACAGUUCAUGUCCCAGGCCUCAUUCAUCCCUUCACCAGUGGAAACCAGCCAAGUUGUCAUGCCUUUGCACUUGGAGAAAGUCCGGGACAAGCUGGCUGAGAACAUCCAUGAGCUAUGGGGCAUGAAUAAGAUUGAACUUGGAUGGUCAUAUGGAAAGAGGAUAAGAGAUGAUAACAAGCGGCAACAUCCGUGUUUGGUGGAUUUCUCCAAGCUCCCUGAAACGGAAAAGAACUACAAUUUGCAGAUGUCAACGGAAACGCUCAAGACACUCAUAGCUUUGGGUUGUCGUGUCGCUCAUGUCAACCCCAAUGCCGAUGAAUCUCUCAAAAAGAUAAAACUACCAAAGAACUACAUGAUGUCAAAUGGCUACAAACCCACUCCUCUGGAUCUGGGAGACAUUAAACUAACUCCUGGUCAGGAGCUUCUGGUGGAUAAGCUGGCAGAGAAUGCACAUAAUGUCUGGGCUAAGGAUCGCAUCAAACAGGGCUGGACCUAUGGUAUACAGCAGGAUGUGAAGAACAAGCGGAACCCUCGGCUGGUUCCUUAUGUUUUGCUGGAUGAGCGCACCAAGAAGUCGAACAGGGACAGCCUGCGGGAGGCCAUCCGCACUCUGAUUGGCUACGGUUAUAAUAUUGAGCCCUCAGACCAGGAAAGUGGACAUGUGGUGGAGAGGCUCAGUAUUGACAAGAUCCGCUUCUUUAGAGUGGAGAGGACAUAUGCCGUAAAGACGGGCAAAUGGUACUUUGAAUUUGAGGCAGUGACAGGAGGCGACAUGCGAGUGGGAUGGGCCCGACCUGGAUGUAAGCCAGAUGUGGAACUUGGCACGGAUAAGCUGGCUUUUGUUUUUGACGGACACAGGGGCCAUUGUCUGAACAUGGGCAGCCGUCUGUUUGGUCGCUGCUGGCACGCUGGAGAUGUGGUGGGAUGUAUGAUCAACAUGGAGGACAAAUCCAUGAUCUUCACUCUGAAUGGAGAGAUCCUCAUUACAACAAAGGGAUCUGAGCUCUGCUUCACCGACUUUGAGACUGAAGAUGGAUUCAUCCCUGUCUGCAGCCUCGGCCUCUCCCAGGUGGGGCGCAUGAACCUGGGGAAAGAUGCCAGCACUUUCAAAUAUUACACAAUGUGUGGCCUUCAGGAGGGAUUUGAACCUUUUGCUGUUAAUAUGAACCGGGAGGUCACUAUGUGGUUCAGCAAGCGCCUGCCCACUUUCUUCAACGUGCCAAAAGACCAUCAUCACAUAGCAGUUACAAGGAUUGAUGGCACAGUCGAUAGCCCUCCAUGUCUGAAAGUUACACACAAGACAUUUGGGACCCAGAACAGUAAUGCAGACAUGGUGUUCUGCCGCCUGAGUAUGCCUGUGGAAUUUCACUCCAUGUUUAAGACCUGCCCUGUGGUGGAUAUGAACGGGAUACAUGAUGACGACACACUCAAAGUCAAACACAGAUAUCCUCUCAGAUCUGUGAGGCACAGUGAAGAGAGCAGACGAGUGGACUACAGCUCCAUCACCACGUAUUACCAUUGUGUGAGGGUGUUUGCUGGUCAGGACCCCUCGUGCAUAUGGGUGGGAUGGGUGACCCCUGACUACCAUUACUACAGCAACAACUUCAACCUCAGCAAAAACCGCACAGUGACAGUAACAUUAGGAGAUGAGCGGGGUCGAGUGCACGAGAGUGUGAGGAGGAGUAACUGCUACAUGUUGUGGGGAGGAGAUGUGACCAGCACUGCCCACUCCACCACUCGCACAAAUGUAGACCUGGAGAUAGGAUGCCUCAUAGAUCUCGCUACAGGCAUGGUCUCCUUUUCUGUAAAUGGAAAGGAGAUAACUACAUCAUAUCAGGUCGAACCAAACACUAAGCUUUUCCCUGCAGUCUUUGUCCGGCCCACAAGCCCUAACCUCUUCCAGUUUGAACUCGCUAAAAUAAAGAAUGCUAUGCCACUAUCGUCAGCCAUAUUUAAAAGUGAGCACAAAAACCCCGUGCCCCAGUGUCCUCCGCGUUUGGACGUGCAGACGAUUAAAGCUGUGCUCUGGAGCCGAAUGCCUAACAUCUUUCUCAAAGUGGAGACAGCCCGGGUGAACGAGAGGCACGGCUGGGUGGUCCAAUGUAUCGAACCACUGCAGAUGUUGGCUGUCCACAUACCAGAGGAGAACAGGUGUGUAGAUAUCAUGGAGUUGUCAGAGCAGGAGGAUUUGAGGAAGUUCCACUACCACACGCUGAAGCUCUACUCCGCCCUCUGUGCCCUGGGCAACCUCCGAGUGGCCCACGUCCUGUGCAGCCACCUGGACCAAUCACAGCUCAUGUACGCCAUCGACAACCAGUACCUGCCAGGCAUGCUCCGAGAGGGCUACUACACCGUCCUGAUCAGCAUCCACCUGGAGACAGCCAAGGGGGCGCGGCUUACGAUGAAGGAUGAGUUUAUCAUUCCUGUUACCUCCGAGACUCGGUCCAUACGCCUGUUUUCAGAUUCUGCCAAAAAACACCUCCCUCCAGGGGUCGGUCUGAGUACUUCGCUCAAACCACGGCUACAUUUUACUCCGCCAUGUUUUAUCAGCAACAAGAGGGAGCAUCUGUACAGCCCCCAAAUCCCACUGGAUGCUCUAAAGGCCAAAGCCAUUUCAAUGCUGACAGAGGCAGUGCAAGGUGGAGGACACUAUAUUCGUGACCCUGUUGGAGGAUCUGUGGAGUACCAGUUUGUGCCCAUCCUAAAGCUGAUCAGUACUCUGCUUACUAUGGGGGUGCUGGCCAGUGAGGACGUCUAUAAGGUCCUACUGCUCAUUGACCCCAAUGUUUUCAGAGACACAAGGGAGAAAGGAACCACAGGCACCACCGACAAGGAGGGUCUGACCGGGGCAGAGGAAAAGGCUGUGGAGGCAGGGGAGGUGAAGGCAGCAAAAGAGGCCAAGCAAACAAUAAAAGGACUGCUGGAGAAGAGACUUCCAGAGCCAGUCAAGAGACAGAUGUGCGACCUGCUGCACUACUUCUGCGACUGUGAGCUAAAGCAUCGUAUCGAGGCCAUCGUGUCCUUCUCCGACAGCUUUGUGUCCAAGCUCCAGUACAACCAGAAAUUUCGCUACAACGAGCUCAUGCAGGCGCUCAACAUGUCCGCUGCUGUCACCGCCAAAAAGACCAAAGAAUUUCGCUCCCCUCCACAAGAACAGAUCAACAUGCUGCUCACGUUCAGUACAGGAGAGGACUGUCCGUGUCCUUCAGAUAUCCAGGAGGAGCUGUAUGACUUCCAUGGCCAGCUGCAGCUUCACUGUGGAAUCCCAAUGGAGGAAGACGAAGACCAGCAAGCUACAUCUAUCAAAGGUCGACUGCUAAUGCUGGUGAACAAGAUCAAAGGCCAGGCUACUAAAGCAGAGGAUCCCACCAAGAAGGAGCAGGCCGCCCCAUCAAACCUAAAGGAGCUGAUCUCCCAGACCAUGGUGAGCUGGACCCAGGAGUGCCACAUCCAGGACCCUAAGCUGGUGCGGAUGAUGUUCAGUCUGCUGAGGAGGCAGUACGACAGCAUCGGAGAGCUGAGGAGAGCUAUGAGGAAGACUUACACUAUCAGUGCAGCUUCAGUGCAGGACACCAUCCACCUGCUGGCCUCUCUGGGACAGAUCAGGUCUCUGUUGUCCGUGCGCAUGGGCAAGGAGGAGGAGAAGCUCAUGAUCAAUGGACUCAGUGACAUCAUGAAUAACAAGGUGUUUUAUCAGCAUCCCAACCUAAUGAGAAUCCUGGGCAUGCAUGAGACUGUCAUGGAGGUCAUGGUCAAUGUGCUGGGAGGAGAUAAAUCCCAGGAAAUCGCCUUCCCCAAGAUGGUCGCAAGCUGCUGCCGCUUUCUCUGCUACUUCUGUCGCAUCAGUCGGCAAAACCAGAAAGCCAUGUUUGAUCACCUGAGCUAUUUGUUGGAAAAUAGCAGUGUGGGUUUAGCCUCACCAGCAAUGAGAGGAUCCACUCCGCUGGAUGUGGCAGCAUCUUCAGUGAUGGACAACAAUGGGCUGGCUCUAGCUUUAGAGGAACCUGAUCUGGACAAAGUGGUUACCUACUUGGCCGGCUGUGGUCUUCAGAGUUGCCCUAUGCUACUUUCCAAAGGGUACCCUGACAUUGGCUGGAAUCCUAUUGAAGGAGAGCGAUACCUCUCCUUUCUGAGAUUUGCUGUUUUCGUUAAUGGUGAAAGUGUAGAGGAGAACUCCAGUGUGGUGGUCAAACUGCUAAUCCGCCGUCCAGAGUGUUUUGGUCCUGCUUUGAGGGGAGAGGGGGGUAACGGUCUGCUGGCAGCUAUGAAAGAAGCCAUUAAGAUCUCCGAGACACCCGCAUUGGACCUCCCGGGCUCAGUCCACGGAGUCAGCUCUGAUGCGUCUGCAGACGGAGAUGAUGAAGAGGAGGUGGUGCACAUGGGCAAUGCAAUCAUGUCAUUUUACUCUGCUCUGAUUGACCUGUUGGGGCGCUGUGCUCCAGAAAUGCAUCUCAUCAACAAAGGGAAAGGUGAAGCCCUGCGUAUUCGUGCCAUUCUGCGGUCUCUUGUACCUACAGAGGACCUGGUUGGAAUAAUCAGCAUACCACUCAAAAUGCCCAUCACAAACAAAGAUGGAUCAGUCACAGAGCCAGACAUGUCGGCAUGCUUCUGCCCCGACCACAAGGCUCCCAUGGUGCUGUUUUUGGACAGAGUGUACGGCAUUGAAGACCAAAGCUUUCUACUUCACCUGCUUGAAGUGGGGUUUUUAUCCGACCUGAGGGCUGCUACCUCCAUGGACACGGAGGGACUGUGCACUACUGAGACAGCUCUGGCCAUGAACCGCUACAUCGGAUCUGCCAUGUUACCGCUCCUCACCCGCUGCGCCCCACUGUUUGCUGGCACCGAGCACUACGCCACCCUCAUCGACUCCACUCUGCACACCAUCUACAGACUGUCUAAAGGACGCUCCCUCACCAAAGCACAGAGAGAUGCCAUCGAGGAGUGUCUUCUGUCCAUUUGCAAACAUCUUCGUCCCUCUAUGCUGCAGCAGCUCCUCCGAAGGCUCGUCUUUGAUGUGCCCUUGCUUUCAGAUUACUGCAAGAUGCCUCUGAGGCUGUUGACAAACCACUAUGAACAGAACUGGAAAUACUACUGUCUACCGUCUGGCUGGGGCAGCUACGGCACAGCAUCUGAGGAUGAGCUCCUCCUCACCAAGAAAAUCUUCUGGGGCAUCUUUGAUUCACUUUCCCAAAGGAAGUAUGACCAGGAGCUGUUUAAAAUGGCCAUGCCAUGUCUCAGUGCUAUAGCUGGAGCGCUGCCACCAGACUACGUGGACGCUUCCAUCAGCACUGCAGUGGAGAAACCCAACUCUGUGGAUGCUCACGGCAACUUCGACCCCAAACCCAUCAAUACCACCAACGUUACUCUUCCAGAGAAGCUUGAACACUUUGCCAACAAAUAUGCUGAGCAUAGUCAUGAGAAGUGGUCCUCAGAGAGGGUGCUGCUGGGCUGGAAAUAUGGAGACUGUGUGGAUGAGAAGACAAAGACCCAUCCUCAACUCAGGGCCUACAAAUCCCUCACAGAGAAGGAAAAGGAGAUCUACAGGUACCCCAUCAGAGAGUCGCUGAAGAGCAUGCUGGCCAUGGGCUGGUGCAUUGACAGGACCAAGGAUGGAGAGAGCAUGUCCCAGCAGAGGGAGAGUGAAAAGAUGAGGAAGAUCUCCACUGUCUCUCAGGCAAAUGGCUUUAACCCAAGUCCCAUCGACACCAGUAACGUGAUCCUGUCCAGAGAGCUGCAGGGGAUGGUGGAGGUGAUGGCCGAGAAUUACCAUAACAUCUGGGCCAAGAAGAAGAAGAGCGACCUUGGAAGCAGAGGUGGAGGGACUCACCCACUGCUAGUGCCCUAUGACACACUGACCGCCAAAGAAAAGGCCAGAGACAGGGAGAAGGCCCAGGAUUUGUUCCGCUUUUUGCAAAUCAAUGGAUAUAGCAUUACAAGAGGUUUGAAAGAUUUGGAACAUGAUUCAUCCUCAAUGGAGAAGAGGUUUGCUUACAAGUUCCUCAAGAAACUGCUGAAAUAUGUGGAUUCAGCUCAGGAUUUCAUUGCACAUUUAGAGGCCAUGGCUGCUAGCGGAAAAAUGGACCGGUCACCACAUGAACAGGAAAUCAAGUUUUUUGCCAAAGUUCUUCUGCCUCUCAUUGACCAAUACUUCAAGAACCAUUCCCUUUACUUCCUGUCAUCACCCAGUAAGAACUUAAGCAGCAGUGGGUAUGCAACCAACAAAGAGAAGGAGAUGGUCACCAGCCUGUUUUGUAAACUGGCAGCUCUUGUCAGACACAGGAUUUCUCUGUUUGGAAGUGACUCCACCACCAUGGUCAGCUGUCUGCACAUCCUGGCUCACACGCUGGACACCAGGACAGUGAUGAAGUCUGGCUCGGAGCACGUCAGAUCAGGGCUCAGGACGUUCUUUGAAAAUGCAGCGGAGGACCUAGAGAAGACCUUUGAGAAUCUGAAGCUGGGGAAGUUUACACACUCUCGCUCACAGAUGAAAGGCGUGUCACAGAAUAUUAACUACACCACUGUGGCCCUGCUGCCCAUCCUCACAGCUCUGUUUGAACACAUCACUCAGCAUCACUUUGGAGUCGACCUGCUCUUGGAUGACGUCCAGGCCUCCUGCUAUCGAAUUCUGACCAGCCUCUUUGCGCUGGGCACAGGAAAAAACAUCUACGUGGAGAGACAGCUGCCAGCUCUGGGGCAGUGUCUGGCCACUCUGGCUGGAGCUAUGCCUGUGGCGUUUCUGGAGCCGCGACUCAACAUGUACAACCCCUGUUCUGUGUUCAAUACCAAGAAUCACAGAGAUCGUGCCAUGCUUGGAAUUGCAGACACAGUUGAAAACGUCUGUCCCGGGAUGCCUCGAUUAGAAGGUCUGAUGAAGGACAUAAACGACAUGGCAGAGUCUGGGGCGCGGUACACAGAGAUGCCUCAUGUGAUCGAGGUGGUCCUGCCCAUGCUGUGUAACUACCUGUCCUACUGGUGGGAAAGGGGCCCUGAGAACCAAGGGCCCAGUGGAGCCAGUAUCUGCUGCACCACAGUCACAUCAGAGCACCUCAGCCUCAUCCUGGGGAACAUCCUGAAGAUUCUCAACAACAACCUGGGCAUCGAUGAGGCCUCCUGGAUGAAGAGGAUCGCAGUGUACGUGCAGCCGAUCAUCAGUAAAGCUCGGGCAGACCUGCUCAAGAGCCACUUCCUGCCCACGCUGGAGAAGCUGAAGAAGAAGACGGUGAAGGUGGUGAUGGAGGAAGAGCUUCUGAAGGCCGACUGUAAGGGAGACACGCAGGAGGCAGAGCUACUCAUCCUAGACGAGUUUGCAGUGCUGUGCCGGGAUUUGUAUGCCUUCUACCCCAUGCUGAUACGCUACGUGGACAAUAACAGGUCCAGGUGGCUAAAGGAACCGGAUGCCGACUCCAAUGAGCUCUUCAAAAUGGUAGCAGAAAUAUUUAUUCUCUGGUGCAAGUCACAUAAUUUCAAAAGAGAGGAGCAGAACUUUGUGGUGCAGAAUGAGAUCAACAACCUGUCUUUUUUAACUGGAGAUAGUAAAUCCAAAAUGGCUAAGUCCUUUAAGGAAAAGUCUGGAGGGCAAGACCAGGAGAGGAAGCACAAGAAGCGGCGUGGGGAGUUCUACUCCAUCCAGACGUCCCUCAUUGUAGCUGCUCUGAAGAAGAUGCUGCCUAUUGGUCUGAACAUGUGCACCCCAGGAGACCAAGAGCUCAUCUCUUUAGCCAAGACACGCUACUCACUGAAAGACACAGAUGAAGAAGUGAAGGACCACAUUCAUCAGAAUCUACACCUCAGAGAAAAGUCAGAGGAUCCAGCCGUGAGGUGGCAGUUAAAUCUGUACAAGGACAUUCUCACCAGGACCGAGGGCCCUCCAGACCCUGACAGAGUGGUGGACCGCAUCCAGAGGAUCUCAGCUGCUGUCUUUAACCUGGAGCAGGUGGAGCAGCCUUUGCGGUCCAAAAAGUGUGUAUGGCAGAAGUUGCUUUCCAAGCAGAGAAAGAGAGCAGUGGUUGCCUGUUUUCGCAUGGCACCUCUUUACAACCUACCAAGGCAUCGCUCUAUUAACCUCUUCCUGUUGGCCUAUCAGAGAAUAUGGAUAGAGACAGAGGAGUACUCUUUUGAGGAGAAGCUAGUGCAGGACCUUGCAAAAAUCCAGCUCAAAGUGGAAGAGGAGGAAGAGGAGGAAGAGAGGAGACAGCCCGACCCUCUUCAUCAGCUCAUUCUGCAUUUCAGCCACAAUGCCCUGACCGAGCGCAGCUCAUUGGAGGAGGACCCCUUGUAUAUUGCUUAUGCAGAUAUGAUGGCAAAGAGUUGCGCUGAAGGGGAGGAGGAGGAGGACAAAGAGAAAACGUUUGAGGAAAAGGAAAUGGAAAAACAGAAGAUGCUGUACCAGCAAGCCAGACUGCACGACCGAGGAGCAGCAGAGAUGGUGCUCCAAAUGAUUAGUGCCAGCAAAGGUCGUCUUGGUCCCAUGGUUACGUUCACUCUCAAACUCGGAAUCUCAAUCCUAAAUGGAGGAAACAUUUUGGUGCAGAUGAAAAUGCUGACUUAUCUAAAGGAAAAAAGAGAUGUAGGCUUCUUCAAAAGCCUGUCUGGACUCAUGAUGUCAUGCAGUGUCUUGGACUUGAAUGCAUUUGAAAGACAAAACAAAGCUGAAGGUUUGGGAAUGGUAACAGAAGAAGGGUCGAUCAACGUGAGUGAGCGGGGCUCCAAAGUGCUUCAGAAUGACGAGUUUACAAAGGAUCUUUUCAGAUUCCUGCAGCUUCUUUGUGAGGGCCACAACAAUGACUUCCAGAAUUUCCUAAGGACUCAGACAGGCAACACAACAACUGUGAACAUCAUUAUCAGUACUGUGGACUACCUCCUAAGACUUCAGGAGUCAAUCAGUGACUUCUACUGGUACUACUCUGGUAAAGAGAUCAUUGAUGAGGCAGGCCAGAGGAACUUCUCAAAAGCUCUCUCAGUGGCUAAACAGGUCUUCAACUCUUUGACUGAGUACAUACAGGGCCCAUGCAUAGGAAACCAGCAGAGUUUGGCUCAUAGCAGGCUCUGGGAUGCUGUGGUUGGCUUUUUACAUGUUUUUGCAAACAUGCAGAUGAAGUUGUCACAGGACUCCAGUCAAAUUGAGUUACUGAAGGAGCUGUUGGACCUACAGCAGGACAUGGUUGUCAUGAUGCUCUCGCUGCUUGAAGGAAACGUUGUGAAUGGAACUAUUGGCAAACAGAUGGUGGACACUUUGGUGGAGUCGUCUAGUAAUGUGGAGAUGAUUCUGAAAUUCUUCGACAUGUUCCUCAAGUUGAAAGACUUAACCACAUCCGACAGCUUCAGAGAGUAUGACCACGAGGGCAAGGGGGUCAUCUCCAAGAAGGACUUCCAGAAGUCCAUGGAGAACCAGAAACAAUACUCACAGUCUGAGAUCGAGUUCCUCCUGUCAUGUGCCGAGGCUGAUGAGAAUGACAUGUUCAACUAUGAGCAGUUUGUGGAACGGUUUCACGAGCCCGCCAAGGACAUCGGCUUCAAUGUGGUUGUGCUGUUAACCAACCUCUCCGAGCACAUGCCCCACGACGCUCGCUUAGCCACCUUUUUAGACCUGGCUGAAAGCGUGCUCAGUUACUUUGAGCCCUUCCUUGGUCGUAUUGAGAUCAUGGGUGGUGCAAAGCGUAUUGAGCGGGUUUAUUUUGUCAUCAGCGAAUCCAGCCGGACCCAGUGGGAGAAACCUCAAGUCAAAGAAUCCAAGAGACAGUUUAUAUUUGACGUUGUGAAUGAGGGGGGAGAAAGUGAGAAGAUGGAACUUUUUGUUAAUUUCUGUGAAGACACUAUUUUUGAGAUGCAGUUGGCUUCCAAGAUUUCGGAAUCUGAGCCGGUGGAACGUGCAGAAGACGAUGAGGAUGAUGACCAGAGUGUAGCAGAGAACCAGGAGGAGGAAGAAGAGGAGAGGGAGAUGCUGGAGUCAUUGUCCGCUUUCACAGUUGCUUGUAUCUCCAUGAGGAAAAACCUAUGCCAUUUCAGACAGAUGCUAACAUUCAAAAGCAUGAGACGCCAAUACAGGAAGUUCAGAAAAAUGAGCAUUCGUGAGUUAGUACGUGGAUUCUUCUCUUUCUUCUGGAUGAUCAUUACAGGCUUAUUCCACUUUGUUUACAGCCUCAUAUGGGGCUUUUUCCAUAUCCUGUGGACUACUUUAUUCGGUGGCGGCCUUGUCGAAGGAGCUAAAAACAUGAAGGUCACAGACAUUUUGGGGAACAUGCCGGACCCCACUCAGUUUGGUAUCCAUGGCGACGUGCUGGAGACGGAGAAGAUGGAGGCGUGCGAGGCAGCUGCUUUGGCAGAGAUGGGUCAGAUGGCUCAGGGGGAAGCGGGAGAGGCUGACCUGAUGGCCGAGCUGUUAAAUAUCCAGCCCAAAAAGGAGGGCAAGCAUGGGGCGGAGCCAGGGCUGGGGGACGUGUCCGAGGUGGUGGUUGGAGAUGCGCCCUCCAUCGCUGCUGCCGUCAAACAGAAGAAAGCAGAGAUGGCUGCAAAGAAAAAAGCAGUAAAUUCAGACCAUAAAUCUGAUUCAGAGAAAGGAGAUUCAGAAGAUGGUGAAAAGAAGGACUACGACAAGGCGAGAGAUGAGGCGCCUCCACAGUCUCCACCAGAGGAGAAGAAAGCCCCCAAGAAGAGACUGGGCCCCAGGAAGGAGCCACCAGAGGCUUUCAUGGCCAGCUUCUUCGCCGGACUGGAAAUCUAUCAGACCAAGACUCUGAAUUACCUGGCUCGAAACUUCUACAACCUCCGCUUCUUGGCACUUUUUGUGGCAUUUGCAAUAAACUUCAUUCUUCUCUUCUACAAAGUGACUGGAGACUACUCUGAUGAUGAAGACCCCUGGACCCACCGAGGUCGAAGUAGUGAGGAGGAAGAGGAGGGAGCACUUGAAUACUUCGUCUUACAGGAGAGCACUGGAUACAUGGCACCCACGCUACGCUGUUUGGCCAUACUGCACACCAUCAUAUCCUUCUUGUGUGUGCUUGGCUACUACUACCUCAAGGUGCCUCUAGUUGUUUUCAAACGCGAGAAGGAGAUAGCAAGGAAGCUGGAGUUUGCCGGGCUUUACAUCACGGAGCAGCCCUCAGACGAUGACAUAAAAGGACAAUGGGACAGGCUGGUCAUCAAUACUCCCUCUUUCCCCAACAACUACUGGGAUAAAUUUGUCAAGCGCAAAGUGAUUAAAAAGUAUGGGGAUCUAUAUGGAGCAGAGAGGAUUGCAGAACUGCUGGGCUUGGACAAAAGUGCGCUGGACUUCAACCCCACAGAGGAAGCAGUUGCCAAAGAGGCCUCUUUGGUGUCAUGGCUAAGUUCAAUCGAUACAAAAUACCAUGUUUGGAAAAUGGGAGUGGUGUUUACAGACAAUUCCUUCCUGUAUUUAGUGUGGUACACCACCAUGUCUAUUCUGGGCCACUACAACAACUUCUUCUUCGCUGCUCAUCUCCUGGACAUCGCUAUGGGAUUCAAGACACUUCGCACCAUUCUAUCCUCAGUCACACACAAUGGCAAACAGCUGGUUCUGACUGUGGGGCUGCUCGCAGUGGUGGUCUAUCUCUACACUGUGGUGGCCUUCAACUUCUUCAGGAAGUUUUACAACAAGAGCGCAGACGAUGACGAGCCCGACAUGAAGUGUGAUGACAUGAUGACGUGCUACCUGUUCCACAUGUACGUGGGUGUGCGAGCUGGAGGGGGCAUCGGGGACGAGAUCGAGGACCCGGCUGGAGACCCCUAUGAGCUCUACCGCAUCCUCUUCGACAUCACCUUCUUCUUCUUUGUCAUUGUCAUCCUGCUGGCCAUCAUCCAAGGUUUGAUCAUCGAUGCCUUUGGAGAGCUCAGAGACCAGCAGGAGCAAGUCAAAGAGGAUAUGGAGACCAAAUGCUUUAUCUGUGGCAUUGGUAAUGACUACUUUGACACGACACCUCAUGGUUUCGAGACCCACACCUUACAAGAGCACAAUCUGGCCAACUACCUGUUUUUCCUGAUGUACCUCAUCAACAAGGAUGAGACAGAGCACACUGGCCAGGAAUCCUACGUGUGGAAGAUGUACCAGGAGCGAUGUUGGGACUUCUUCCCAGCUGGAGACUGCUUCAGAAAACAAUACGAAGAUCUGCUCGGAUAGCAUCUUUCUUAUGUCUGAUCUAAACAGACUGCAUUUAAAAGCAGGCCUACAGCUGCUGGACACCCGUCACAAGUGAGACUCCACUGUAACCUCAAAGUGCAGUGCUCUUGUCAGACAUUUUGGGUUACCUACUUUGGAAGAUUUAUGUGACAAGCCUGAUGUCUUUUACCUCACACAACCCUAAAUCAUUGCACAAUUAUUUUUUAUUACAUUUAUUAUUUCUUCUUUUUGGAGGAAGUCGGGUUAUGUGAAGUACAGGGCCACACACUUGUCUUCUUAUGCACAAGAAUCUAUUUGAGAAUGUUGAAUCUAUUUGAGACUUAUGCCAAAUGAGUACAGUGAACUUAUGUGCGCAAUGCGUAUUAGAGACCGUUCUUGUUCAGUUUGUGUUGUGAUGUUGCAUUUUGAGAAGUCUUAGAAUGAAAUGGUAACAGGUAUGUCGUGUUGUGUAGAAUGAGAAAUGCCUAUUUAUCAUCAAGUGCCUUACAGUACUGUAUCUACAUUACAAUGGAGCUAUGCAAACUGUCCUCUCUCUUGUAUGUACGUACAGUCUUUUCUGGAGCGGUAAAGCGUAGCCGUCAAUAGUUUGUUGGCUGAUUUUUUUCUAACCUGGAAGAACAAAAUUGGUUUGGUUUAAUUUCUUUGCCGAAUGCAGCAUCGUUGAGACAAAAAACUAUAGAUUCCAGCGAAAGGAAUUUGCUAAAUACCUUCAAACAAGAACAAAAACAAAAUUGCUAUUGUAUGGCCAUUUGUAUGUAGUAGCUUUGCUGACCUGUGCAUUUCUUUUGAUGGGAAAAUAAAGAAACCAGUGCUAGAAAA